AUGGGGCUCCAGCUGUGCAUUACUGCUGUGCUGCUCUUUGGUGGAGGAGAAGGGAGAGAGUUUCCUGGCAGCCUGAUCUGUCUGAACAACUAUGUGACCACCGUGAGCUGCAUGUGGGCAACGGAGGAGCCUGUGGGCGAUGGACCUUUCCACCUGCACUUCACCAACCUCUGGUCAAAGGGCCAAAACGCCAGCUGCAAACUGACUGCCAAAGAGAGCAUGCGGAAUCAAUACCACUGCAUAAUCCAUUUAGCCAGCCAGAUCUUGGAAACAGAUGGUUAUAGAGUCUCUCUCCAAGGGAACUUCUUUGGACAUAAUCACACGUACAUUACCUUUCCAGAGUACAGUCCCCGGAAGCACAUAAAACUUGAUCCACCUUUGAACAUCCAGAGCAACGUCACUGCCAGCAAGUGUCAGAUAUGGUGGAGUGUGCCUUGGUACCUUGUUGAAAUUCUUCAAUAUGAGUUGCAAUAUAAGGAGUACAGCACAUCCUGGGAGAUCGCGUUGAACAAGACACUGUCCAGUUCACUACCACAGGUAGAAAUUGAAGUCACAGAGCUUCACAGUGGUGUUGCUUACAUUGCACGAGUUCGCUGCAAAGUUUCUGAAAAUGAGGACUCGUACCAUAGUCAGUGGAGCGAGUGGAGCCAGACAACAGUGUUUCAAAAAGCAGGUGUACCAAAACUGUCUGAAAAGAUCCUAAAUACCAGAACUAUGCAUUUCUUGUUCAUUCCUCUGAGUUUUGGCACUUUACUCUAUUUAUUUUGGAACUGCAAGCUUUCUUCAAGGUGAGGCAAAAAGCCUCUCCUGCUUUAACAUUCCCACACCAGCUGCUUUCUUUCAGCCACUCUAUAAUUUCCACAAUGGGAAUUUUAAGG